AUGGGAGAAAAAUAUCAUUAUAAUAAGAAGACAUGGAUGACCAUGGAAAUAUUUAAAGAUUGGUUGAUUAGUUUUGACAAUAAAAUUACAAAUCAAGGUAGAAAAGUGGUUCUUUUUUUGGAUAAUGCACCAUGUCACUCAUUUUACGAAAACUUGAAAAGUGUAAAGCUUCAACUCUUGCCUCCAAAUACUACGUCUGAAAUUCAACCUCUAGACCAAGGAGUUAUACGCUGCUUUAAAUUAGAAUACCGACGUUUUGUUUUGCGAAGACUCCUUUCUCUUAUAGAUUGCGAUAAAAAUUCAUCACAAAUCAUUCAAUCUAUAACAGUAUUAUAUGCCAUUCGGUGGAUUAAACACGCCUGGGAAAAUGUAAAAGGACAGACAAUUGUAAAUUGCUUUAAGAAAUGCGAGCUAAGCAAUACAGCUUUAGAGGCCACUAUCGAUGCAGCUGAUUUAGAAAAUGAAGUGGUUGAACUUUCAAAAGCUGCUGCAAUUCAAUAUGACCCAAAUUCAGAUAAAUAUGAAAAUGGGCUAGAAUGUUACCAUGAUUUAUCGGAAGAUUGGGAGAAAAGAUUUAUAGAUGAUUUAGAUACAGGAGUUCAGUCUGAUUCAGAUAAUGAGAAUGAGUCCCCCGUGCCAUAUUUAUUUAACCAAGAAACGCUAAUAGAAGUAAAUAAACAGAUAUCCCAAUCCAAGGCAUUAAUAAAUGAUGCGAAUUUAANGAAACCUUAG